CAUCAAGCGCAGCAACUGCUACAUGGUGUGGGGCGGCGAGUUCGCCAGCAACACGCAGCAGGCGCGCGUGAGCCACAGCGACCUGGUCAUCGGCUGCCUCGUGGACCUGGCCACCGGCCUCAUGACCUUCACGGCCAACGGCAACGAGAUCAACACCUUCUUCCAGGUGGAACCCAACACCAAGCUCUUCCCGGCCGUCUUCGUCCUCCCCACGAGCCAGAACGUGGUGCAGUUCGAGCUGGGCAAGCUCAAGAACAUCAUGCCCAUCUCGGCCGCGAUGUUCCACAGCGAGCGCAGGAACCCGGAGCCGCAGUGUCCCCCGCGGCUCCUCAUCCAGCUCCUGACGCCCGUCACCUGGAGCCGGAUGCCCAACGAGUUCCUGGCCGUGGACAUGGCCCGGGUCAGCGAGCGCCUGGGCUGGGCCGUGGAGUGCGCCGAGCCGCUCGUCAUGAUGGCCCUGCACAUCCCCGAGGAGAACAGAUGUGCAACCUCCUGGAGUUCUUCUGCGACCAGGAGCUGCAGCACCGCGUCGAGGCCAUCGUGGCCUUCUCGGAGCGGCACGUGGAGCGGCUGCAGCGCGACCAGCGGCGCCGCUACGGGCAGCUCAUGCGGGCGCUCACCAUGUCGGGAGGCGGCGCGGGGCACGCGCGAGUGCCGCUCGCCCCCGCAGGAGCAGAUCAACAUGUUGCUGCAGUACAAGGCGGGGGCGGACGAGGAGGAGUGUCCCGUGCCCGAGGACAUCCGUGACGAGCUGCUGGAUUUCCAUAAUGACCUGCUGGCGCAUUGCGGCAUCGAGCUGGCCAGCGAGGAGGAGGAGCAGGAGGAAGACACGUCCCUGCGGCAGCGGCUCCUGGGGCUGGUGCAGAAGGUGGUCGGGCGCCGCAAGAAAGCGGCCGCCGAGGAGGAAGAGGAGAAGGAGGCAGCGCCCGAGGAGCCCCCGGUGCCCAGCUCGCUGCAGGAGCUCAUCUCGCAGACCAUGGUGCACUGGGCGCAGGAGGCCUUCAUCGAGAGCCCCGAGCUGGUGCGGGCCAUGUUCAACCUGCUGCACCGGCAGUACGACGGGCUGGGCGAGCUGGUGCGCGCGCUGCCCAAGGCCUACACCAUCAGCGCCGUGUCCGUCGAGGACACCAUGAGCCUCCUCGAGUGCCUCGGCCAGAUCCGCUCGCUGCUCAUCGUGCAGAUGGGCCCCGAGGAGGAGAACCUCAUGAUCCAGAGCAUCGGGAACAUCAUGAACAACAAGGUCUUCUACCAGCACCCCAACCUCAUGCGGGCGCUGGGCAUGCACGAGACCGUCAUGCAGGUCAUGGUCAGCGUGCUGGGCGGCGGCGAGUCCAAGGAGAUCCGCUUCCCCAAGAUGGUCACCAACUGCUGCCGCUUCCUCUGCUACUUCUGCCGCAUCAGCCGCCAGAACCAGCGCUCCAUGUUCGACCACCUGGGCUACCUGCUGGAGAACAGCAGCAUCGGCCUCG